CCUUGGAAAAAUUAGAAGGAGUUAGUGCAGUUUGAGCCUCCUGUUCUACGUUCAACUCUACCUGGAACUCAGUUGUUUUUCUUGCCACUGGGUUAGACACAGGUUUUCAUCCAAAAAUGGAUUGGAAGACAUUCCAAGGUCUUUUAAGUGGUGUGAAUAAGUACUCAACUGCCUUUGGACGUAUAUGGCUGUCUGUGGUAUUUGUGUUUCGGGUUCUUGUGUAUGUGGUUGCUGCAGAGAAAGUAUGGGGUGAUGAGCAGAAGGAUUUUGACUGCAACACAAGGCAACCUGGCUGCACCAAUGUCUGCUAUGACCACUACUUCCCCAUCUCUCAUAUCCGACUCUGGGCCCUACAGCUUAUCUUUGUUACCUGUCCAUCCCUUUUAGUCAUCAUGCAUGUAGCUUACAGAGAGGACCGAGAGAAAAAGCAUAAGUUGAAGAAUGGUGAAAAUUGCUCCAAGUUAUAUUCUAACACAGGCAAGAAGCAUGGUGGUCUGUGGUGGACCUAUCUACUAAGUCUCUUUUUCAAGACGGGAAUAGAAAUCACCUUCCUAUACAUUCUGCACAAAAUGUGGGACAGUUUUGAUCUCCCGCGCCUUGUCAAGUGUACCAAUGUGGACCCAUGUCCUAACAUUGUUGAUUGUUAUAUAGCCCGGCCCACUGAGAAGAAGGUAUUCACCUACUUUAUGGUAGCAGCCUCAGCUAUGUGCAUUGUCUUGAGUAUCUGUGAAAUAUUUUACCUCAUUUUCAAGAGGAUGUUAAACUGCGUAAAUAAGUACAAGAAGUCCAGCAAUCGUUCUGUUACUUACAGCAAAGCUUCCACCUGUCAGUGUCACAUCCGACUAGACAACAUGGACAAAAAACCCUUAAACAAGACAGUGGAAUCUCUACGAGCCUCUGCACCCGACCUGACAUCUAUGUAGGAAGAAGGAUCUGUGUUGGGCAUUACAAAACGAUAAAGAGUACAAUUACAUACUUAUCUGGAGUGAAAGAAAGCCUGCCAGUUUAUUCACUGGGACAUACUUUACACUGGCAGUUUGAACACCAGUGACCGUGAGGAGUGUUUUGUGCCAAAAAAGGCAUCUCCCGAGAUACUUUGCUGCCUAACCAAUGGUUGGAUGUCCAGAAUACUCUUACCUUACGUUUACAAGAUAUGGAUUAUUUGAUUGUGGAAACAAAAUACUACGAUUUUGUACAUCAUAAAAACCAUAGCUUUUGUACUACAUUAUGGACUCUUUUGGGUGAACAAUUUUAUAAAUCCAUGACUUAGCAUUUCAUAGAUUGGUAAAUAGGUAUAAUUAUCCUAGAGCCAACGAAGGACAAUUUCAAACUAUUGCUACACUGCCAACGUUUAUGCUGUUAAGCUACACCAUAUGAAUUACAGGUGCAAUUACUGUUCAAUCAGACUAGAAAGUUGUACAGAUGCACAGUUUUCUUGCCUGAAACACAAAACUUUAGUCCAGAAUCAAUAAAACCAAAUAUUCAGACAUUCUAAAACCUUUGUCCAAAAUUAACCUGGCAGUUUUUUUUUAAAUGAUAGCUAUUGUUAGUAUAUGUAUAUACUGUAUGCUGUAAAUAAGGGAAUGGAAGUGUAUAAAUAUGCCUUUCUCCUGUAGUAAUCAUGAUGGGUAAAAUAGUUGGAAUCUAUCGCUAUAUCUGCCUGAAAAGAUUUUUGUGCAUUAGUCUGAGCUCUUGAGGAGCUUGUGUAACACACAUACCUGUAUGGCACUCAGAGGAUUUGAUGUACA